AUGAAACAAUCUUAAAUAUUUACAAAGAGUUUUUAUUAAACUCAUGAUAAAAAUACUAGAAAAUUUCUAACAGGUUAAUAAAUUGAGAUGGAAAAACAACCAAAAUAAAAUGGGAAAAUAUUAUCUAGAUUAGUUAGACUUGAGGAAACACAUAUGGUGCAAAUUAAAAAUUCAAAGUAAAUAAAUUAUCCAAUUGGUUUCCUUUUGAUUACUAAAGUAUUGCUGUCUAAUAAAUUAGUAAGAGUUUGAAAAGCUACCAGAAAAUCAAAAGACUUUUUUUAGUUGGACAACUAAUAAGAAUAAGAAUGUAAGAGUAUUAUUUGAUCGUUCUUCUAAUGGAUAGAAUAAGACAUAAUAUUUACAAUUUUUAAAACCAACUGCUGUUUAUUUUGAAAAUAUUGAAACAGGAAUGAGAUUUGCUGAAUUUUUGAAGUUCAAAAAUUAAUUGAAACUCAAUCAUUUUAAUGAUAUUCUUAUCAGAUUAUAUUAAGUUUGGUUUCAUGAAUCAAGUUAGAAGAUAAUUUAAGGCUCAAUUGAAAAAAUGCAUAUUGAAGCAUAAUAAAUUCAAUAUUAUUAACUUAAAGAAUAAAAUGAAUUUUUAUUAGAUUAUGAUGAAUUAUUAGAUUAUGAUAAGACAAUUUAUGAAUAAAUGUUUAAAAUUUUAUAUAAUAAGGCUGAAUAUGAGGAAAAGAAUAAAAAACAAACUAUUUAGCAAUAAAAAGUUGAGAUUUUGUAAUAGUAAGAGAACUUUAUUAAAAAUAAAGAGCUUUAGGCAAUUAGGGGAUUACUUAAAAUUUGGAAAUCAAUUGCAUUAGAUACAUUAAGAGAGAAAGAAGAUUUAGAAGAAUAUUAAUAAAGAGAGUUGGAAGAUGAGGAAAGAAAAUUGUAAACAGAGAUUGAAGCUAUUGAAAAUGAAUAGUAAAGAAUCUCUUAAAUAUAGUAGUCUUAAAUAUAACAGUAGUCUUAAAAAUAAAAUUUACCUUAACAUAAAGAUCUACAUCUUACAAAAUUUAAACUUAUUAUAGAUUAACAUAUUAAAUUGUUUAAUCCAAUAUUAUAUAUUCAAUUUAAGAGUUUAGAAUCGAAUAAUCUAGGUAAAAUGGAAUUUAAUAGAGGUCAAGAGAUUAAUUUUAUGUAAUUAGAUAUGAAGGGAUGGACAACUGAUCUUGAAGUGAUUUUAUCUGGAUUUUAGAUUUAGGAUGCUUUAGAUAUAGUGAUUUAUAAUGAUUAUUAAGAAGUAAAUGAGAAAAUGUUGGCCAGAGCUUAAGAAGAAUAAAAUAAUAUUUUGGCAUUUCUCUCUAUUGCAAAGAAGGUUAUGUAAUGCAGAAUUUACUUAAGAGACUUUGAGAAAAACUUAAACAAUAAUAGAAGACAUUUUGCUAGUUUAGAGAUGUCAGCCAAUUUAUAAUAAAAAGUUAUAGGAAAUUAAUUACAAAAUGUUCCUAUGAUACAAAUAGAUAUCCAUGAAGACAGUCCUUUUUAGAUUUCAAAUUCUACUGUUAAUCCAUUUUAUUUAGAUAUUAUAGAAAUACCUUUUACAGUUUAAGAGAUGAAGUAUUUUGCAAGAUAAUUAAAAUCUCCUUGUAAUAGUUUGUAAUAAUAAUGGGAUUCCUUCAAAAUUGAUUCUUUAGAAUUUGCUCUUCAAGUUAGAGGAUAGAUAUGGGUUAAUAGUAAAUAAUCAGAGGAUGAUUUGAUUGAAAUUUAAGAGUUUAUUUUAGAAGAAAAAGGGAUUGAAGAAUAAAAAAGUAAAUUUAUAGAAUUAGCUGAAUAUUUGUAAUUAAAUCCAAUUCAAAAUAAAUAAUGUUUUGUGAAAAAUAAAAUAAUUGAAGCUUGUAGGAAAGGUUUUACUAAAUAAUCUCGAAAUGAAUUAAUUCCUAUUUUCUUAUAAUUUAAUAGAAAAAUAGCAAAAUUUACUUAAGAUAUUGGAUUAGAGUGGAUUUAAAAUGAAAGUGUCUUAAAUCUUAUUUAGAAUGAAGUAAAUUAGUAUUUAGAUUAAGAUACAAUAUAAUUUAAUAAUGAGAAAGUAUAAAAUUAUAUAGAUAGUUUAUAAUUUAAAUAAAUAACUGUUUGGACAGAUUAAUAUAUUAAAAAGUUAUAACUAUGGAAAGAUAGAAUUGCAUAUCUAUUGAAUUGUUUUGAAUUGAGUAAUCAUAAGAAAAAUAAAAUGAUUUUGACUAUUAGAUUAUUUUAACUGUUUAAUUAAAGAGAAGAUUGUGAUGAUUAUGUUUUGAAAAUAAUUUUAAGUUUAGAUUAUAAAUUUAUGAUUCCAAAAAUUAAAUGUGAGAAAUUAGAUUUUGAAUGGUUUAGAAUUCAUUUGAAUAAUUUAUUUAGUGAUUUCUUUUAUUUUGAUAUAUGGUUAAGAGUAUUUGAUUAUAUAAUUGGAAUUGGUUAUGUAAAUGGAGAUUAUGAUAGAGUAAUAGCUAGUGUAAUUGGUGGAAUUCUAAAUGAAGUGGAUUAGAAUAAAUAUAGAACCAAAGAAGAAUUUAUGACAGGGUUAAAUAUUUAUGGUAAACUAUUAUGUGAUCCUGAAAAAUUGAUUAUGGCAUGUUAUAAUUCUUAUAUUCAACAGGAAUUUAUAUAUUUAGAAUCUGAUGAAUAAAUUAUUGAAAUUUUAACAUAAAAUGGUAAUCCUUUAGAAUAAAUAUGUAAUGAUCAGAUUGAAUAAUAAUAAAAUAAUUAAUAAAGUUUUAUAAUUGAUGUUCCUGAAGAACAUGAAGGUUCUAUUUAUGAGAUUCAAGAAUAGUAAUCAGAAAACAUAUUAAGAUCACAAUAAAAAUAUCUAUUCAAAUAAAAAAUUGAAAGUAUUCAUAUUUUAAUACAUUCUAUGUACUUAUAUUAAAUAAAUUUUAAUGAAUAAAAUAUAGUUACAAUUUAGAAUUAAAAAAGAAGUGAAUAAGAUGGAUUAUAUUUUGAAUUGCCAUUCCUUUCAUUAAUUUUGGAAAUUUAGAUAAAUGAUAAUUUUAUAGGUUAAAUUGAUAUAGGUUACUUAUAAAUAAAUACAAUUUAUAAGAAUUCAUUAAUUUUAAAUGAUAAUUAUGAUAUGUAAAGACACUAUUAAAUAUCUGAAUUAGAAUAUUCAAUUUUAUUAAUAGGAGAAGGAUUGUAAUAUGAAAGAAUGAUUAGCAAGGAUACAGCUAUCAAUAAUUUUAAUGAUCUUGCAUAAUAAUUUAAAGUUUAACACAAUUUCUUAACACAUCCAGAUACAUUUAAGAUUGGUAAUAUAUUAAAUUUGAUACAAUUCAAAUAAUUAAUGUAAUAAUAUUUUAAAUUGGAUCAAGCAUCAUAUAAUUUAGAUGAAUUAUAUCAAAAGUUUUUAUUAAAAGGAAAUUAAAAAAUAUAUUUGAUUGAUAUCUUACUGAAAUUAACUUAAGAUAAAAAUAAAUAAUUAGAAAUAUUAAAUUUAUUUAUUCCAAAUGAAAAGAUUAAUCAUAAAUAAUUAAGAAGAUAAUAAUUAGAAAAUAGUGAUGUUAAAUUUUUAAAAGUAUUGAUAUCUGAUUAAAAUUAUGAAUAAAAUAUAGAUUUAACAACUUAUUUUAAUGGUUUAUUAAUAAAUCAUUAUUAAAAGUAUAAUUCAUAUGAUAUGCUGUUAAUUGACCAUAAUAAUAGAUUAUAUUUACUAGACAAUGCAGGUUCGUUCUUGUCAUAGUUACGAACAUGUAUAUAUAAUAAUAUAUUUAGAAACUUUAAUUUUAAGACUAAAGUUUAGCAGUUUUGGGAAUAUUCGCAAUAUACAAUAUUCAUUAACAAAAUAAUUUAAAUUAACUUAAGAAUUGCAAAUUUCUGCAAACUCUAUCAAAGAAUUAUUAGAUAAUAAUAAAAGAUUAUUAUAACUAGAUAAUAAUUUAAAUUUAAUUAAUGAGAAAGAUUCUAUUUUCAAUUAACAUUUAGUGUUUUUGAGAUGUAGAGAUGGAUCGAAAUAAUUAUAUACUUGUGAUGUUAUUGGUAAAAUUUUAAACAAAAAUAAUGAGUUACAAUAUUUUGUUAUAUAAAUGGAAAACAAUAAAAGAAUCAUUGAGUCUAAGGAAAAUGUGUUAUUAUUCAAUAACAUUUCAAUAGAUGAAUUAGAUGUUUAUGAUAAGAAAUGGAAACAAUUAUAAUGA